UCGAACUCACGACUGCCUGCUUGCAAGGCAGGCGCUUAUGCAGCUGAGCUACAUCCCCAGCCCCUUGUGUUUCACAUUCACGAAUGAUUUAUUCUGCAGCUUUACUUUGGGAUUAUUGUUUUCACUUCACAGGUUGUUUCCUAUUUGGUUUAUACUUCGCUUAUGGUGUUUUUGGGCAGUUAACAUUUUUUCCUUCUUUGAUGUUGUAAGUCCUACUUACUGAGCUCCAGUAAAUUUGCUCUGUUUGUAGAGUUCUGUGUGUUUUGACAGCCAUUGAAUUACUGAGAUGCAGAAUAUUUCCAUUGUCCCAGAAAACUCCCUUGUGCUUUCUUUGUUAUCAGUCUCACAAUGCCUGACAACGCUGAUCUGUCUGUCCUGCUAGUUUUGCCUCUUCCUAACUGUCCUGUGAGUGGGUUCUGUUACAUAGCUGUUUGUGCCUGGCUUCUUCAAUUCGGUGUGCUGCCUCUGCUCUGUUCUUGUUUAUUGCCAAGUAGUGUGCGGCCAUGUGGUGAGUUAGUUUCCUUGGGCCCACCAUACAGAUCUCAUUAAUCUUGAUUACCCCCAGGAAGAACCUAGUCUAAGUGAGGUCACUUUAUGAGAUGCGGCUGUUAAGACUACCACAUGACUAUUGGGCAAAGCACAGUUCUCCUCAUAAUGUAUGAAUGGGUGGGCCACAAUUUGCGUAUUCACUUACCAGCUGCACAGGAGAAAGCGGCGCGCUACACCACUGGCUUCUUCCUCACCACCCUCGCAAACAACAGAGAAAAGUCCGUAUUUCCAGACCACAGAGAUCUCGCUGUGGACCGUAGUAGCUGCUCUUCAGGCCGUGGAAAAGAAGAUGGAGUCCCAGGCUGCCAGACUGCAGAGCCUGGAGGGCCGCACAGGGACGGCCGAGAAGAAGCUGGCUGACUGUGAGAAGACAGCCGUGGAGCUGGGCAACCAGCUGGAGGGCAAGUGGGCCGUGCUGGGGACCCUGCUGCAGGAGUACGGGCUGCUGCAGCGGCGCCUGGAGAACGUGGAGAACCUGCUGCGCAACCGGAACUUCUGGGUGCUGCGGCUGCCCCCGGGGAGCAAGGGUGAGGCCCCCAAGGUGUCCAGGGCACUUGAAAAUGAUGGCGUCUGCUUCUCCGAGCAGGAGUGGGAGAACCUGGCAGACUGGCAGAAGGAGCUGUACAGGAACGUCAUGCAGAGCAACUACGAGGCACUGGUCUCCCUGAAGGUCCUUGGCCAGCCAGAGGGCGAAGCGGAGCUAGGUGCAGAGAUGCUGGGUGAUUUGGAGGAGGAGGAGAGCCUUGUUGGUGCCCACCCUGAUGGGGCCGUGCUCAGACCAGAGGUGCCAAGUCAGCCAGAAGACUGCAUGUUCCCAGGGGAAGCAGAGGAGCGGGAUUUCCUGAGACCAGUGCAAACUGAGCUCUGGGAUGGCCAGGGUGGUUCUGCCCUCUUGGAACCAGGUCCCCGGGGUUCCAGCCUCGAAGAGCCCCUGGAAGGCAGUGGAGACCCUGCCACUGGCAGAACUCUGGGCUGCUCUCCAAAGCAGAAAUCCCACAGGCAGACACAGGUGGCUCAGGAGUGCGCACAGGGCCUGAAACUGAAAAGGGACCCUUCUGGCCCCUACGAGUGUUCUGAGUGUGACAUCAGCUUCUGCUAUAAGCAGCAGCUGACUGCACAUCUGCGGAGCCACUCGGGGUGGGUGUCCUAUCCUGCUGUAGAGCCUGGGGAAAGCCUUAGACCCCGGCCACGGUUAAAGCCUCAGGCGAAGAGGGCCAAGCUGUACCAGUGCAAUGUGUGUCAGAGGAGCUUCAGCUGCAGGGUGAGCCUGGUGACCCACCAGCGCUGCCACCUGCAGGAGGGUCCCAGUGCUGGCCCACGCAUCCAGGAGAGGUUCUCACCCAACAGCCUGGUGGCGCUGCCUGGCCACAUCCCCUGGCGGAAGAGCCGGAGCUCCCUCAUCUGUGGCUAUUGCGGCAAGAGCUUCAGCCAUCCAUCCGACCUGGUUCGGCACCAGCGCAUCCACACAGGCGAGCGGCCUUACAGUUGCCCCGAGUGUGACAAGAGCUUCGUCCAGAAGCAGCACCUGCUGCAGCACCAGAAGAUCCACCAGCGGGAGCGCAGUGGGCCAGGUUCCCAGCCUGGGAGGCCCAAUGGCUUGCUGUAGAGCGCCGCCCCUCACCGUCGGGGGCGGAGAGGGGCGGCAACAGUGCCCCCGGAAAACACCAUCUUGGGCCAGGCACCAACUGCUUCUGGUCUACCUUCCCUCGCCCAAGUGCCAGUCUGAGCCCUAAGCUGUCCUGAAACCAUGUGGGAGAAGCGGGGGCAGCACCUGCCUGCCCUGCAUCUUGGCCCGCUGUGAGCCUGCUGGCCCUGGCGCCUGGGUCUCUGGUCUUCCUGUCCUCCGGUACUCACGGCAGGGCUGGCUGCUGAGCCCAGGGGGCUAAGGCCAACCUUUCCUUUCACGGCAGCCCAGGGGUGAGCGCUGUGCGUGUGAGGAUGAGGGCGAGUUCUGGGCCACCUCACCCUCCACACCUCUUUCGUAGUCUCUGUUAACAAGUAGAAGGAAUAAUUUAAUGAACAGCUAACCCCGCUCUGAAGACUUUUUUUGAAGUUAGAUUCUAGUUGAUUUUGAAAUUAUAACACAACACUUGUUUUUUAAGUUUCAGAAGUCAUAGAAGUUGUUCCUAACUCGGGGACUGGGCUUGCCCUCUAGGAGGGAAUAGUUUAUGGGGCUUGUAGCCCACCCACAUGUUCUGGGGCCAGGGAGCAGAGACGCUUCCAGCCUCUCAGCCUGACACUGAUUUGUCUCUGGAGGGCCAGUGGGAGAGAGUCGGAGGGGACUUGAGGCUCCUGCCGAGGAAAGGUUCCUGGAAAGGAGCCUGGGGGUUCUGGUUCUGGGUGUGUUGGUGGUGUGCGGGGCCCUCCUCCCAGCCUCACUCAGCUGUCUCUGGCCUGUCAUGCAGGAGGCCUACUGGUUACCUCAGAUUGUUCAGUUAGCACCUGUGGUCCAAUUUGUUCCUGUUGCACCCAUUGCUCUUUGCUCUUUGACAUUGCUGAGUCACACUUUGCAAAUCCUGCCUGGUGAGGAGGGAGAAGCAUGGAGGCUGGGUCGGGACUGUAGCGUGCUCAUCCCACUGUUGGGAGCCAGGAGGGAGUUCUUGGGCUGGAUGUGAACCUCCUCUUAGAUGAUCUACAGUUGCCUAGAAUAAAAAACUUCCUAGCAAAA